AUGAUUAGGUCCAGGUUCAGGUACCUGGACCUGAGUUUUCUGUUCCGGUACCCACCUCUAUUCGGGUUGAUUGGUUUCUUUAUAUUUUCGCAGAUCGCUCUCGUAAGCGCAUGUGAGGUGUCUGGGUUGUGGCUGUUUACCUUCUACGUCCUUGGUGACCCUAACGUCAACCUCCCAACCGCUAUUAUUCUGAUGAACACCGUGCUAGUCGGUCACUUCAUACCACGAGGUACUAUGAACUGGUGGCUGGUACCGAAUAUUUUCGGCAUUGCUUUUAUCGCAGUCGGUGUGGUUUUGCAACUUACCAAUGAUCAUAAGUUUAAGACAAUGCCUUCCAGUUCCCCUGCGAUUUGGGCGAUACCAGUAUCACUCUCGCUUCUGGCUAUUGCCUGGUGUCCGCUAGUUCAGGAAAUGCAGAUGAAAGUAAAGACGUCCUCUUUACAGCAGCGUCAAAACCAACGUGAUAGUCGACAGGUCUCCGAGAGGGCUGAUUCUUCACAGUCAUACCAAGGCCACAGCGUACAAGUGCAAGGCAUCACUAACAACGACGCUCAAGGGGAAGCCAGAACUGCAAAUUUGAGAGCCACGAUAUUAAAGAACUUUCUCAACAUGGUUGUCUUAGUCACCGCGUUGUUUGUAGUACCACCGGGUGACACUGGCGUGGUUUCCAACGGCUUCAGCUCCCUAUACUUGAGGCAGACCGAAAUAAUGCUUUCCGUUCUUCCUGCUUUUGGCGGGUACGUUCUUGGUGUAAUCGCCUGUGCCAUGUGUAUCCAGUUCUACUCUUUUCUUAUUCCUCUGAGUCUCGCCCCCAUCGUAACAUUUGUCUUGGCAGCCAACGUGCACUUGUCUCCAUUGCUGGGGGACAUUUGGGAUUGGAAGAUCAUGAGUGGUGAUAGUGGGAAUCGAUUUGACUGGUAUGUGUAUCUCAGAGUAGGCCUAGUCGCAGUGGGACAGCUCCUUUGCAGUGCCUACAAUUUGUUCUGGACGGAGUCAACCAUCUACGAGAAUGAGUCAAACUUGUUCUGGUUUCGACACUACACUGGGCUGUUUACCGGGCAACACAUGCUACUCAAUAGGGCCAAGACCCCCAAACACCCGACAAGACAUUCUCCCGGAGACGCAACAGACCUACAGGGCCUUGUGAUGAUCUGUACUACCAUGUACAGAGAGACAUGGGACGAAAUGUCGCAGUACUUGGAGUCCAUCAAAAAAGUAGCUGCGUCUCAAGAAUUGGGGGAAGAGUACAACUGGACUGAAAAAUUUGAAGCACACGUGUACUUUGACAAUGGCGUGAGGGGAACCAAACUGACAGAUUUUUCCGCUCAACUCGUCUGCCUGGUGAACAGCAAAUUCAAAGAUUGCACCAUGGCGAGGAUGGAGAAGAUGUGGUACGGGUGGAAACUACAGUGGAAUCUUCCAGGUUUUCUUGAACUGCCCCUUUACAUUCACCUGAAAGACAACCAAGAAGUGAAGAGCAAGAAACGAUGGAGCCAAGUCAUGUACAUGGAGUCUGCCCUGGACCGCCCCGAUGAUGCACACGUCAAGUACAUACUAGCGACCGACGGCGACGUUGACUUUGAUGCCGACUCUAUCGUGGCCAUGCUGAUGCAGAUGCUAAGCGACAGACAAGAGGACGUUGGUGCGGUUUGUGCACGGACCCAUCCGGAAGGGUCCGGACCGUUUGUUUGGUACCAAAAGUUUGACUACGCAAUCGGACAUUGGCUUCAGAAAGUCGCAAACCACGUGCUAGGAUCGGUCCUGUGUGCCCCCGGAUGUUUCAGCGUCUACCGGGUAAAGGCCGUCGCUGAUGUGGUGGACGAGUACCGCUCUGAUGUGGAAGAAGCUUCGGAGUUCCUCACGAAGGACAUGGGAGAGGACAGAUGGUUUACUACACUGCUAGUAAAGGCAGGCUGGAAGGUGAACUACUGCGCCGGAGCCUUCGACACCACCCACUGUCCGGAAGAGUUCGAUGAGUUCUGGAAGCAGCGGAGGCGCUGGAUCCCGUCAACCCUGGCCAACCAGAUCCUUCUCCUCAAGAACUGGAAGGCCAUCAACCAGAAUAACAAAUACAUCUCCAUGGCCUUCCUUCUCUUCCAAAUUGUACUACUCUUGUCAACUGUCAUCAGCGCUUCUACUUGCAUCCUUAUUGUUACUGGUGGACUUUACUAUGGAGCCGGUGUUCCUACCUGGGUGUCGUUCGUGUUCCUCGUUCUUCUCACCCUCAUAUUUGUCCUGAUCUGCAUCUAUUACUCACAGGAAACUCAGCUCAAGGUCGCCAAGAUAUUGUGCGUUAUAUUCCUGUUGGCUACGGCAGUUGCAGUUGUGGGUACAGCAAGUCAAAUGGCGAUCUCCAACACCUCUAGUGCGCCCAGCAUAGCUAAUGUACAUGGGAAAUACGAGGGUUGCUAUCCGGAAUAUCGCAACUCAUCAGGGUUUCUGCUGCCCCAUGCUGUCACGAGGAUAAAAGACAUGACCAACGACAAAUGCAUGGACCACUGUUAUGAGAACCACUUCGUCUUCUCGGGUACAGGACCCCCCGGAACCGUCUGUUUCUGUGGAUCUGAGGAUGACAUGAAAAACGCGACCAGGCUACAGGAGAGCAUGUGUGCAUUCCCCUGUCCGGGCGACUGUGGCGAGACCUGUGGUGGUAAUCCACAACAACUAUCGGUUUACAAGAUCAACGAACUGUUUGGGAUCCAUUUACCAGUAGACGUGACUACUCUGUACGUAGCCAUAGUUGCUGGCAUACACAUCGUAGCGGCCCUACUUCACCCACGGGAGUUCACGUCCAUCAUCCACGGCGUGGUGUACCUGUUCACCCUGCCGUGUGUGUACAUCCUCAUGAACGUGUACAGCGUGUGUAACCUGACAGACCAGUCAUGGGGUACGAGGGAGGCGAGAUCCCAGAAAGAACAGAGCAAGGAAAACUUCUUUGAUGACAUAGUGGUCAAGAUGCGCCAAUGUUUGACUUUCUGCAGACGAUGUUAUCAGGAAACAGAGGAAGACACAGACGAAGAGCUUGAGAGGGAAACUAUGGAGGAUGAGGUAGACCAUGGAAGGUCUGAUCAGGACCAGACUGUGCCUACCGGCUACAGGAGCCGUGGGCGCAGCAAAAAUGUGGAAACUCAAACCGAUCCUGGAAAGUUCGAGAUGAGGUUCAAGACAACACGGCAGUGGCUGCAAAGCAUAUUCGGUGCAGUAUCUAAUAAGGUUGAGGUAUAUGAACCAAUGUUUACUCGUGAAGGAUACACAGAUACAAGCUUCAUCGCUGGGAUGGCAGAUAAGGACUUAAAAGACAUCGGAGUGGCCGAUAUGUACGACAGAAGUGACUUUCGGCGUCACAUCAGGCAACUACAUCAAGAUGAGCCAGACAUUGACAUCAGAGUGCCGGACAACGUAGAGACCUGGCUGAAGAUGAUUGGACUGGAUACCGACGAGUACAAGGAAAACUUCACACGAGCUUUUCCCAAGGGCACUAAAGCCCAGGUCGUCUUUCAAGAACUGAAGACAAUGACUGAAGAUCGCAUUGUAGCCAAGCUGGGUGUUGAAGCUAAAGGUCAUCUGCGAAGGCUAAAACUUGCAAUCACGAGGAUUCGGCAACCAACGCUGCGUGAGGGAAGGAUUCUUCGAGCAAAGAGAGAGGUAGAGGGAAAGUUUCAAGAACACCUACAAGACGUCACCACCCACACGAAGAAGCCUUACCUGGACCCCACUACAGAACAGUUUCGUCUCGACCAGAACAAAGAGGACGAAUUCAAACAGAAUCUCUUACAGCUGCGCAACUCCUACCUUCUGACGUUUCUCUUGGCUAAUGCCGUGUGGCUGGUGCUGAUGUUCACCUUGAUUCAGCAUGCUGAACUGCAGGUACUCAACACCAAUCCGUUGGGGUUGGUGUUUCUCGGCACCUUCACCCUAGUCCUGGGUGUCCAGUUUGCCGCCCUGGUCGUCCACCGACUGGCUACCUUCAUCCAGUACAUCUCACGUAUUCCAAUGGUCACCAGAAGGAGGAGAGAAAUGUCAUGGCCUCGCAGCAUAAACAGUCGAUAUGAGCCUAUUCCGUAGGGCUUUUUACAGCAAUACCCUAGGCAUUGUUGAAUUGAUUUACGUUCGCGGGGAUUUAAUUUCGCGGUAGCGGGAAAAAGGACUUUUCCCGUUGAUUUUAUGUACGCGGUAGCAGCAUGCACCGUCAUUACUUUUCUUACUGCCAUUGAAAAAUGUUCGCGGUGGUUUUAAGUUCGCGGUGAAGCGGCCACCGCGAAAACCGCAAACAUUAAUCCACCGCGAAAGUUUCUGCUUUUACAGUAUAUGGAUGACAGCCGAAUCAAUUUUCGUCAGUUUCAACAACAACAGCAAAUUCGAUUAUACCGUAAAUGAAAGAGCAACUGCAAAAUGAACUAAAUAUUUGCAAUAAUAUACUGAAAAUGGUAUACUGCCAUGUAUUGCCAAAGUGAAACCUAAAGUUAAAAAAACAAAUGAUAAAAUAAGUAAAAUGCAGAAUAUAUUGAUCGGUAAUUGACAGAUUAUGCUCUGUUUGUUUAAGUCAUUUGUUCAACCAUCCUGACAGAUUUUUCCAAUCUUUUCUUGGCAUGUUUGCAUCGAUGUUGGGGUUCAAUAGGAUGUCAUCCAUAUAAUUGAAUACGCACGGCCUUACGUAUAGGUCUGCUUUUCGAUGCGACUUUGUUUUGUUUCAUUGUUAAAUUUAGAUUUUUCACAAUAUUAAAAGGGAAAGAAAAACCUGCUGCAUAGGUUGACACCCCCCCCCCCCCCAAAGACAACAAGGUAACAGUACGAUAAAAAUGAACUGACAUCUCCAAAUGUACAAUACAGCUCAUAACGAAUUGCACCGAAUAAUUAUUCAGUUUUCAAUACCUCAAUGUAUCUCAACUAUGGGAAAUCGUAAGUACCAUUUAAAAUGUCGUACUGGUUUUAGAACCGAACUAAGGCCACUCUAUCUUAAUCUUAUGGAUGACAUCUUCUGAAGACCCUUAACCUAAUGCGGAAUGACGCGAAAAAAUUCAUAACUAGAGUUCCACGACCCCAUACCUUCGCCAAAUGAUCCUAGCCUU